CAGGCACGAACAGAUAGUUCUGUAAGGUUUAAAGAUGUCUCGCAUCUCCGUUUUAUUCGUCUUUUUCUUCUAUGCAUUUAUGUGUUUCGGCCUAACGAUUUCGCAGUCUCAAAUAGACAAUCAACGAAAGAUUCACCUUUUACGGAGUGAUCUCUCGAAGUUGGAGAAUUUAGUACGAGUCCUUCAAAUUGGCUUUGCUGAGGAAAAACAAUUCACCGGAAAGAAAUUGGAUGUUAAUCAUGAGGCUCGACUUAUAUUAGACAACGAGUUACUUAAACUAGAACAGAAACUUGCUCAAAAUGAAAAUGCCAUUGCGGAAUUGUCGUCAGGACUAGAACAAAGCCGAGAGUUUUUAAGAAUGCUUUGUGAUGAGACAUGGGAAUUGUACGGGCUGUCAUGUUACAAAGUCUUUAACGACGAAGAUGCGUGGCAGGAUGCUGUUGAAAAAUGCAAAUUAGAAGGUGCAUUCCUUGUAGAAAUUGGCAGUUCGAAAGAAAACGACUUUGUAAUCAAACUAUUCAAUCAAUCUAUUGCAACUGUCAAUUCAAGUGAUGCAUACCAAGGACCUUGGAUUGGUGCUUCGGAUAUCCAAACAGAGGGAGAAUGGAUAUGGCAACAUAAUGGUCGAAACCUGGAAACUGGAUAUCAAGAAUGGCAUAAGGACGAACCAAAUGGUAACACCACAGAAAACUGUUUACAUUUACUUGAAACGGCAAAUUUAAAAUGGAAUGACAGUCCAUGCGGUUAUGAUAAACCAUAUGUCUGUGAAAAAUCUGUCAAUCUUAAAUAACACGUUGUUCAUGAAUAAAGGCAUUGGACAUUGUAUAAAGAAUCGUGCCUUAUCAUUUGUUUUCUCUAUAUAUGCUUAUAUGUAAUUGUAAAGGUAUAAGGAAAUUUUGUAUUAAGAUAUGAAAAUCUUAUUAAAGCACUAUUGUACUCAGAUAUGCAGUAUGAAUAAUCUUUUUUAGUAUUUAGAGUACAAAGCACGUUAGCAUCCAACAUUUAUACUUAAAAAUGGAGGAACUUGAAAUAACUGCUUUAAUCAUUUAAAACGGGCAAUGACUUUAUGAAUGAUAUUUUAAGUUUGAAAGUAAAAGUAAUGAUAUGUCACUACUUUAUAUAAUACUUGUAAAAUAUCAAGAUGUUAUAUCACAUUGCUGAGUACAAUAUUGAAUUCUAGUGGACGAGUAAACAGCUGUAAAAUCUUUAUAUUGGAUGAGACAGUAGCCAAAUCCAAUGCUACUGAUAGAUUCUUAAUGACCGCUCAAUUUCAUACCACCAAUAUCUAAGAAGAAAAUAAAUCAAAUAUAAUAAAACUGGUAUUACAGUAUAUCUGAAAAAAGACUACAUUAUGGCUUUGAUAUAAAACGUUUUGACUCAAAAAUGAAAAUGAGACUAGGUAAAAUAUAUAUAAUAUGGAUUUGAUAGACUUGAUAUGUAUUUUUUGCGGACUUGGAAAAUGAAUACGCGACCAGAUGGAGUAUAAUACGAAUAUGAUACCGAUUUUAUGGACUCGGAAAAUGAAACUGAGACGAAAUUGAGAAAAAAACGCUUUAUAGUGGUUUAUAGUGGAAAAUCACGUGGUACAAAUGCUGGAGGUUAAGAGGUUACUAUUUAUAACGUUUAAAAUUUAAAAAAAAAGUGUUAUGGUUAUAUAUG